CAUUUAGUUUGAUGUUUCCGUUGGACUUAUUUUACUACGCAGUUCCAAACAAGGACUGAAAUGUGAGGAAUUUUGCCCGGUAGUGGAAAAUGUGUGACAGAUAAUCCGCCCGCACAAUCACUUCAAGCCUCAAUGCCCCGCUUUGUUGGAAUUUUUUUUUUUUCUUUUUUUUUGCGGUGACUUUAGUUAUGUAAGAGAUUAAACGUGUGGGAGAAGGUGGAGAUGUUUUGAGCGGGCAGUCUGUCUUAGUGGAAUUAGAGGCUGGCUGUGCGCAGACAGGGAGCAUCAUGUGGCUGGAGGCUGAGGGCUGAGGAAGCUGCUGCCGACCCGCCGUCCGACUCAAACCACCGGGGCUCCACGUAAUGAUGCCCACCUUCUCGGUCAUGUAUAAAGGAGCAGUGAUCAUUAGCAGGACUCUAAUGGGUCCAUAUGGAGUCGACAGAGCUGUUCACUCCAUGGAGUUCACAGACUGUGAAAAUGGCCUAGGAAUCAAAGUGAUUGGCGGAGUGAAAGAGCUAACGGGAGAGGAGUUCGGAGUCUACGUCAAGAGGAUUUUACCUGGUGGCCUUGCUGCAGCUGAUGGAAACCUGUUGCCAGGAGACCAGAUCCUGGAAGUAAACGGGGACAGUCUAGUUGGAGUCACAAGUGAAAGAGCUGUGGACAUCUUGAGAACAGCAUCUGCCACAAAUCACAUGCGCCUUCUUAUAGCCAGAGAUGAAGAAGCAAAGAGAGAAUUUGCUGAGCUGCUGGAGAAAUAUGGCUCCAACGGUAGUACUGGAUCAACCCGCAACUCUCCCAUUCAGCAAGGCGGUCGCCUCUUGGACAGCACAUCGUCCGGUUCCUCAUCUCGAUCUCAGAGCCCGUUGUUGCUGAGCCCUGCAAACUCUCAGAACAUGUACAAUGGUGGGCCCAUGAUGCGCUCCCUCAGUCACCCAGGUGAAGGAGUGAUCCAGCUCAUUUCUGUGGCUCGGUCCAACAGUUUAGGGAUUACGAUCGGAGGAGGCUCCAACAGGCCCGACGGCCCCGCUGUGUUCAUCCAGGAAGUUCUGUCUGGAGGAGACUGUCACAGGGAUGGCCGCCUGAGGCCGGGAGAUCAGCUCAUUGCCAUCAACAAGGAGUCUUUGAUUGGUGUAACUCAUGAGGAGGCAAAAGGCAUUCUGAACAAAGUGAAAUACAGCCAAGACAACACGGUGGAAAUCGCCUUCAUCCCUGGAAAAGGUCUUUUUCCCAGCAGCACAUCGCUCCACAACGGAGUCCAGCGAGCCGCCGGCAACAGCUACAACUCUGGACGCCUAAAAGUUCACAUCAGGUCACCUGAGAUCUGUGCAGAGGAACCAGCUCUAGUGUCUUCACCCUCUCCAGACAUCUGUCCUCCAGAUAUCCAUAUUUCAGGUUCCACCAGCCAAAGGUCUCCAACAGGGACGAAACCCAGAAUAACACUUGACCCAUACAUUCGCCUCAAACUGGACAAGUUAGACUUGGCUUUGUCCUUCCUCGGAUUGGACGUCAGUGAAGAGAAGAGGAAGACGCUGAGGCACAGCCUGACCCCUGACCCCCAAGGCACCGUGGCGUAUGGAGAUUAUGUGGAAGCUUGUCGGAACAUCUUCCAGGAGGACCUGGAGGUCCUGGGGUUAGGAUCGGGCCCCUUCACCUUCUCCUAUCAUGAAGCAGCCAGUUUGAUGGACACAUCGGCGUUUCAUUCACCGACUUAUGAAUCAGAGUGCAGCUACAGCAGUGAGGAGAUGGAGCAGUUCCAGACCGAGGUGAAGCAACUGCAGACCCAAAUGAAGCAACUCAAGGUGAUUCUGAAAGACACAGAACAGAGCAAAAAAAGCCUGGAGGAGGAGCUGCAGAAGACAUCUGAGAAAGCCUGCCUGACUGUGGAGGAGAACACCCGCCUCAAGAGUCGCCUGCAGGCUGCCGAGGCCGAGGCGGAGCAGCGGCAGGCCACCAGCGCUGAGCAGGACUACGAGGAGGUCAUCCAGCUGCUGGAGGCCGAGAUCAGAGACCUGAAGAACCAGCUGGCCGCCAAGAGGCAAGCCUGUGGAGCCGGCACUAAAGUGAGACCAAACACUGGAUGUACAGUCCCUUACUGUCGGGAGGAGAGAGAAAAACCAGCCGAUUCUCUGAAGUGUCUGAUUAAUAAAGGAGAAAAGGAGGAAGUGGUGGAGCUCAACAGGAAGCUGACCUCCAUCGACUCCCAGCUGAGGAAGUCGGAGUUGAGCAGAAAACACCUGGAGAUCUCCAACAAGAAGCUGCUGGGCUUCGCUCAGAACGUGCACAAGGUGCUGACUAAGCCCAGCCUGUUCGGAGGGGAUGAUGGGAGCAACAGGUCGUCUCCAGCCACAGACAGUCCGGACACCCUGUCACCCCUUCCUGACCCGGCCAUCCAGCUGGCUGUGGAGGCCAAAGAGCUGGUGGAGGGAGUGUGUUGUGUUUCUGCUAAUAAAGAUUCCAUAUCGGAUGUCAACUCCCAUCAGGUGUGAGCGACAGAGGAGUGGAGGACUGAAGGAGGUCCCGCCCCGUCACCAAAGGAGCCCACCGAGCCCAAACCGACGACGAUGACGACGUUCUUCACCAACCGACAGGACACAGGCUCCCUGUCCUCCCCCCCGCCCCACCAGUACAGCAAAGGGACAGAUGGCAUCUCUCAUGAGACCCCCGCUUGCACCAGUUGGAGACUGCAGCCGAAGAACUGCCCGGCGUCUCAGCAGCAAACGUUGCUGUAUGUCCUGUUGUGGCGGACGAUGUUGAAGGCACUGCAUGACCAAGUGCACAACACUGUAAACCUUGUUAAUACUCCUCUGAUGUAUUUUGUAAAGUUAUCCACUCACAGGCAGAUUGAGCCCUCCUCCCCCCAUACUGCAUGUGAAGGAGAGCUACUUCCUGCCUAGGUGGGACAAUCCGGAGCUGAGCAGUCCUCUGUCCAUCAUCCGCUCCAUCCUGUUUCCCUGGGCUGCUUGCUCUGCCACAAACAUCAACAUAGGUACUGUCGAGAAAAAGUGUAGAAACAUGUCACCGGUCCUUGUGCUCUUUCUUGUUAAAAAAGCUAGAAGGUGAAGGCUUCAGAGAUUCUGGACCUGAGGGCAGAGUGUCGUGUCCAGCUUGGUUUCCCUGCAGUGGGUCAUGUUGGCUCCAGCUGUGUAAUCUUGUUUUACAGCGUGAACAGAAACCAGUCAUAGGCUACAUGUCAAACUUGCGUUUUAUUUCUGCCAACAGCUGCAAGCCCAUACAUGGAGUGUGUUUUUGAACUGAACUGCAUCUUCAGUGUGGCCUCAUUCUCUUUAUUAUGUUUUAUAUUAAAGGGAUAACUGAAUCACGGGCUUUGUGUGUGUUGUCUGUUUCCACAACAACAACAACAGGCUUCUGUCUUUUCCCACAGAUUCUUUAUUUUUUUGUUGAUCUAACUUGUGUUUUGUUUUUUGUUGUUG